UCUGGCGCCAUUGUUGUAUCAAUCAUGACUGAAUACAUUUUGUUUUUUGGUAAUCAGAUUACAUGUAAUCAGUUACUCCCCAACCCUUCCUAUAGCCUUAUCAUAUUGUUAAAACUCCCAGGUGUCCAUUUCAUCUAGUUAAUCCCUGUUGUUUCUAUGAUCUGUCUCUCAUCAAAUUUGGUUUUACUGAGUGUGGAUUUUCCUCUAAAACUCCUUUCUUUCCUGUAGGAUUCACUCAGGAAUGUGAUUUUAGUGCUGAGUUAUUGUACCUGUGAACAAAUGUGUGUUCUCAGAACACAUCUGCCAUCCUGAUGUGUCAGUAGCUACCUCUGACUCACACCAUAGGAGUCCUGUUGUGUUUUACCAGACACCCCCGGUCCUCACCCCUCUCACGCCAUGUUUCCCUUGAUUACUUAUGAACUUAUCUUGAUUAUUUAUAAACAUUCUAAACUGAUUGUGGAAUGUUGAGAUCUAGCUACUCACACUGCCUUGCUGUGCUUUGUGUAUUGAUUGGUUUGUGUUAAGGAAAAUAAUCCUAGAUGCCUACCUUAUGGCUCCAGGCAUCAACUCGCCACUUCCCUCCAAGAGAACACCCAGCUGUCCCUGUUGGUAAACCCAGCUGUCCCUGUUGGUAAACCCAGCUGUCCCUGUUGGUAAACCCAGCUGUUCCUGCUGGUAAACCCAACUGUUCCUGUCUGUCUCUCCAUUUUUCCUCUCAAUCUCUGUCUUGCUCCUUAUCCCCAUGUUUUUUUAGACUGUUGAAUGGCACAUUGUUAAGAAUUUUGGUCAAAUUUUGGUAAACCACCUCCCUUUGGUCAAUAACAAUGUCCUCUUCAGUGCAGAUUAAGUUAAAUGAAUAAGAAUGGAGUGGAUUCAUGUGAUGGGCUGGGUCAGACUGUCAGUGUCAAUACACAGUGAAUCGUUACUGUGACAGUUGUUUGUUUAAGAGGCUCCUCUGUGUCUCUCAAUAGGUCACACAGGGGGAACUUCACACUAGUAUGAGCAAACAGGACCGCCUCAAUUCCAUGACUGGAGCCCAUGUGAAAUGUGUGAGGAUUUAACAUUGGACACUUGAAGAGAGGCAUAGUGGCUCCCCCCACUGGUGGUGGCUGGGAUCACUUUACUUUUGGGGACUAGUGGAAGACGCACAUUUCUUACUGGCUUAACAAAAAUAGAUGGCUAACCAGACACCUGGAGAACAUAUGCUUGAAGUUGCAAGUAGGUGAGGUUUUGAUUCGCUGAGGUUUGAGAAGCAAGACCUCACGAAUCAGACCACAUGGAUGUCAAAGGGCGUCUCCUCACAUCCAUGGGUGUGGGGUCUCCAGAUCAGGACAGCAAGCUGCAAGCUGAGCGCAUCUCCGCACUACAGGAGAGAAAGCAAAUCCUGGAGGACAUCCUCAGCAGCCGAGUGGGAGAGCUGAGACAAGUGUGUCUGCUGGAGGCGGAGCUGACCGGGAUGGUCCCACAUGCUUUCCCCCUGGAGACAGGAGAGAGAGCUCCCGUUGUACAGCGCAGGGCUGGCCUGGCACAUAACAACACCAAGGGAGAGGAUGAGACAGGUCAGCGAAGGCAGAUGAAAACACUCUUCAGUGGUGCUCUGUACAGACACUCGGAGCCAGACAGGAAUGUCCCCAACAGCAGGAGGACCGUUCACCGUGGAUGCCACACAGAGGACACAGUGAUGUCGGAGAGUACUAGCUCCAUGUCAGAUUCAACGUCCCAUGACAAUGAGGAGUCCUCUCCCAGUGUGGCAGAAGACCACCGCUCCAUGUCCCAGCCCCGUCUGGGCAGCCCAGACCACCAGGUCUGUAGGAAACUGUCCCCAGUGGAGAUAUACUAUGAAAUGAGAACACGCCGUAACUCUGUGACCAGCUCUAUCAGCCCUAGUCAUUCUCUACCAAGGAGUGCAUCUAAUGUUGAAGGCAGAAGUGUUCCUGCUUCCCCCCCCCUCGCCCGAACCGCCCCAAUCAGUGUUCAUGUCAGAUCAGAUGACUCUGGUGGGAUUUCACUAAAGCAGUGGUCUGGCAGCCUGGAUGUACCACAUAUGGAGCCCCUGGCCCAGGAAGGCUCCUCCUCGGAGCGCAGAGGCUGCCCUUACAGCUCCCGUGCCCGGCGGAGCAACAGUUCUGAGGCCCUGCUUGACCGCUCCAGUCUCCCCGAGGACCCAGCCACCAGGAAUGGGAUGCCCCCCAGAGGAGGGCCUUACAAAAGCUCUGAGGCCCUCACUGACGGCAAGCUGAGGCACAUCCACCUGGGCAGUCCUGAGAGACAGGAGCAGGCCAACCUGCGGCUGUCCAUGGGUGGGAGAGUAGAAGCAGCAGAAGGGGGGGGUUACAACGAGCUCCUAAUGGAUUACAUCUGGGGAAAGCAACAGAGGAUGCAAGUGCAACACCAGCUGUACCAGUCAACAGGUAGAAUCUGGCAGGACAUUUCCUCUCCUCGAUCGUCCACUGCUGCAGUGCCUCCUCACGCCAAUGGCUUCUCCCACUCCCAGGUGCAUCUUCCCAGCGCUGCCCCUUCCUACAGUCCCAGAGUGAUCCAUAGCUCCCAGGCAGAGCAUCGCAGAGUCAAAGUCACCCGGACCAAGUCCUGCGGACCCUUCAUCCCCCUGCAGCAGGACGCCAUCCUGCUCUCUGCCUAUGAGUCUCCCCACCCUGCCCCAAGCUCCACUACCUCCUCCAUUCCCAACCUGCACCCCUUCCAGACUGAGCUGUCCGGCCCAUCAUUCAAUCGCAGGCCUCCCCAGUUCUCUCUCCCCACCCCUGAGGACUCGACGAGGAGUCUGCAUAAAGCCUUGGCGCUGGAGGGUCUCAGAGACUGGUAUCUGAGGAACGCCCUCGGCUACCCUACCACUACAUCAAAGGGGCARGAUGCAGGGGUCUCCCGUCUCUCACACCCCCACCCUUUGGUGCACCAGGCUCAGUCUAUACAAGGUGAUCCACUCCAUAGGUCCCAGAUGUCUCAGUCAGCCAGCUUCCAUGGCCACCCACUGCAUGGAAGGUCAAUGGAGUUCUCACUCUAUCAAGAGCCCAUUCAUCCUCAGAUGCAAGACAUGACUCCAAAGGAGCCCAGUGCUGACCCUGGCACUUUGGUCUGAUGUAGCUGAAUAUAUAUUCAAACACACAUGUGCACAGACAGACAGACAGACAGACCCGAACACUGUAAAAGGAGCUGAUAUAAGGUGACCUCACAAGCUAAAAAAAAACAUUACAACCACAGCAGAAAAAGACUGUAAAGCUGUUCUGAAUGCCCUCUGUUGAAAAUGAGCCCACCAACUUUUGACCCCUAGAUCGCAAAGUGAGAAAUGGAUUUGCGCUGGAGCUGUCCCAGGAGUCACAGAAUAUAUUGUUAUUCUGUAGCUACUGUAUACUGUAUUGUAUUCUAUCGUUGGUCAGACCCAAGCCACAUGUAACAAACAUCCUCCUUGUUUAACCUAACAAAUCUCCCAAUAUAUAAUUUUUUACAGAAUAAAGUAUAUGUAUUCUAAAUUACUAUUUUGUAUCUUCUGAGAUAUAAAGAAUAGUUAUAUAAAAGAGGUAAUUUAGUGUCUUGUGAUUUACAAAAAUAUAUAAUGAACUCAUAUCAACUAAAAAGUAUUUAAACACAUCAGUGAACGUGUAAAUUAACCUGUUUGUAAACAUGAAUAUAUUAUGUCUUAUCUCUUCAUCUGUCCAUCAAACAUACACAUUUCAACCGUGCUUGAUAUUUCUCAUGUUUUUCAAGUGAACACAAAUCCUUUCAAAGCUUGGUCUUCAAUCAACAAAUGAAAGAAAUUCCUGUUGUUGCCAAAUUGUUGUUUCAUGCGAGCUCUUUUUUUUCUGCAUUUCCUAAGAGUCCAACUGCUGAAAGGGCAUAAUAGUCAAGUUCAGAUAAAAACCGGAGGACUUUAGAGGUCUAUGACAGUCAUUUAAUGAACUUUCUAUUAAUUUCUAUUCAUUCAGUUGCGUAGCACGUUUUCCUUCAGAGCACUUUAUGAACGUCAAAAGCCUUAACCAAUUGCAGCAGUGGGAUGGAGAAAUUGUCCCCAAGAGAGACACACUAAAACCAGAAAAUGGUUGACAGCGUAUGAAGUUUGAGCAAAUAAGAAAAGUGUUACCAGGUUGAAGUUCAUGUUCAAGUCUACGUCAAGGUGGAAGUUUUGUGGCCCAUUUGGACAUUCACGAUUAAAGUGAUGUACAGUAGUGUAUAAUAUUUUGUAUUUGUAAGAUUGUAACAACAUUAUCAACAAUAAACCCUAUAUUUGGAUCUGUAUGUAUCAUGAUAAUAAGCUAGAUGUCAACUUAAUGUCGAGAAAUGAAAAGGGGUCUAACUAAAACAGGGCUAGGGGAUGGGACUGUUGGCAUGAGCAGGCCUUAUGUCAGAACUCAUAAAUGUGGUAGUAUGAGAUUACGUUUCCGUUGUAUCAUGUUGUACGCUACUCCUAUUGGUGGCACAAUGUUAUAAUGGUAAAAAUGAUUUAAAGUAAUCAAUGCCAUUCCCAUAUACCACCGCAAUUCAAGAACGGCCCUUUUAUAAGCUUCCCAUGACAUGUGCUUGUUUGUUCUUGUGUAUCUUAGGUUCAUGAUUAUACCGUUAUAAAAGGGCAUCACUAACAACCUGAAUGGUAGGAAAUGAAUACCUCUGGAAAGAAAUGUAUGAGUAGCUAAUAAUGCUUAUUCAUUUUAACUGAUUAAUGUCAUGGCUUCAUCUAUUGACAUGUUUUACAGGUAAAGCUAUUCCUUUUAUCUCAAGUACCUUUAAUGGAAUGUUAUAAUGGUUUUAAAUGUUGGUGUUUUCACAUUCAAUAGUUAGUGUGUGAAUUUCUUCAAGCUAGUCUAAACCUGAAACUGAUGACCAAACUGCUGUGCAUUGGGGGUCGUAAAUGUAUUUUUCAGGUGAUGUACUUAUGUCUGUAAAACAUAAAUGAAUAUACAUUUAGCUCGAAGGAAAUUUAUCCAGAAUAUAUAUUGUAUAUUUAUGAACUUAUAACAUUUUGUAUCUAUUUGUGAAAUACAUCAUAAAACUGUCAUAAAACCCAUUCAGCACCAGACAGAGAAGUGUGGUGUUAACUAACAUUUACAAGUGUAUUAGUUGUAGCUUUUCGGAGAAUGAGCUUUGUUGAUUGACUGGAAUUGUUUGUGAUAUAUUGACUGAAAUCCCUAUCUGUUUUUCUCCUGAUAUUUUUUCAUCCUAUUACAGUAUGUCCAUAUUUCAAAGGGGUGAGAAAUACUGUACAGUUUAUGUUUGAGGAGGAUGGGGUACAUUCAUUGAUCUUUUUUAAAUAAAGUAUCAUCAUGGU